AUGGAUGCCAGGAAAGCCUCAUCUUCAUCCUCACCAUCCUCCUCAUCAAAACGUUGGAAGUACGACGUGUUCUUGAGCUUCAGAGGUGAAGACACACGCAAGGGCUUCACAGGCCACCUCCACGCCGCAUUAUCUGAUGCCGGAAUCAGCGCCUUUCUUGACGACAACGAGCUAGAAAGAGCGGAAUUUAUAAAACCCCAACUGGAGCAGGCAAUCGACGGGUCCAUGAUCUCCAUAAUUGUCUUCUCCGAGCGUUAUGCCGAUUCCAGUUGGUGUCUUGACGAGCUGGUUAAGAUCAUGGAGUGUAGAGAACGAUUGGGGCAACAAGUUAUUCCAUUGUUCUAUAAUGUUGAGGCUUCAGAUGUCCGGAAACAAACUGGUAGUUUUGCACAAGCUUUUGAGAAACAUGAAGCGGGCAAACAUGAGAAAGAAAAGGUACAGCGAUGGAGAAAUGCUCUCAGUCAAGCAGCAGAUUUGUGUGGGGAAGAUCUUAAAAAUGCUGACAAUGGGCGUGAAGCAAAGUUUAUCAAGAAAAUUCUUGGGGAGGUUAAUAAGCAGUUGUACAGCAAAUACCAAUUAGACAUCGAACACCUUGUUGGAAUUACUUCUCGGCUGAACAAUGUUGUUCGCAUGAUUGAUAUUGAAAAUUCAGGUUCUAAGGAUGUUGUUCGCAUGAUUGGUAUUUGGGGGAUGGGCGGCAUUGGGAAAACAACGCUUGCCAAAGCCAUUUAUAACAAAUUUGAAGGUAGCUUUGAAGGUAGGAGUUUCCUUGCAAACGUGAGGGAAGUAAUUGCAAACCAACCCAUUACUGGUCUGGUUGGUUUGCAAGAAAAACUUCUAAAUGAUAUCUUGAGAAGCAAGGACCCCAUAAAGGUUGAUUAUGUUGAUGAAGGGAUCACAGUGAUACAAAAAAGACUUCACUGUAAAAGAGCACUUGUCAUAAUUGACGAUGCAGAUGAUCUACAGCAACUAAAAGCAAUAGCUAGAGCUCGUGAUUGGUUUGGUCCUGGAAGUAGAAUUGUUAUAACAACAAGAAAUAAACAUUUGCUAGAGCAAGUUGGAGUGGAUAGCACAUAUAUGGCUCAAGAAAUGGAUGAGGAAGAAGCUCUAGAGCUGUUUAGUUGGCAUGCCUUUGAAAGUGGUUAUCCUGAUCAAGAAUAUCUUGACCUCUCAAAACGUGUAAUUCGUUACUGUCAAGGCUUGCCACUAGCACUUCGAGUUGUAGGGUCUUUUCUGAUUAAAAGAUCCAUAGCUGAGUGGGAAAGCCAUUUGGAGAAAUUGGAAAGGAGUCCUCCUGAUGGAGAAAUUCAAAAAGUACUCAGAAUAAGCUUUGACUUGCUACCUGAUCAGGAAAAGAGAGAGAUAUUCCUUGAUAUAUCUUGUUUCUUUAUAGGAAUGGACAAGGACUAUGUUACACAAAUAUUAGAUGGAUGUGGCUUCUCUGCAGUGAUAGGAAUCCGUGUCCUCAUUGAACGGUGCCUUGUAACUGUUAGUGAGCAAAAGGAGCUGAUGAUGCAUGAUUUGCUUCGAGACAUGGGAAGAGAGAUCGUUUAUGAAAAUGCCCGCGGUCAGCCUGAAAAAUUUAGUAGAUUGUGGAAACGUGAAGACGUAACAUUUGUAUUGGGAGACUCUGGAACUAAAAAAAUUGAAGGAGUUGCUCUAGAUAUGCGAAAUCCUGACAAGGCUAGAUUCAGUGCACAAGCAUUUACCAACAUGAAAAAACUGAGGUUACUCCACCUCAGAGGAGUAGAGCUCACUGGAGAGUACAAAUAUUUUCCCAACAAGUUAAUAUGGUUGUGCUGGCAUGGAUUCCCUUUAGAGUCCAUACCAGAUGACUUUCCUAUGCAACCAAAACUAGUUGCUUUAGACCUGCAGCAUAGCAAACUCAAAAUAGUUUGGAAGGAUUGCAAGUUGCAUGAGAAUUUGAAAAUCCUAAAUCUCAGUGAUUCCUAUCAGCUAACAAAAUCACCAGAGUUUUCAAAACUCCCAAAUCUCGAGGAAUUGAUAUUGGAAUACUGUGAGAGUUUGUCUGAGGUUCACUCAUCCAUCGGGGAUCUUGGAAGACUUUCUUUGGUAAAUCUUAAAGGCUGCGAAAUGCUAAGGGAUCUCCCACUGAAUUUCUAUAAAUCCAAGUCUAUUGAAACUCUUAUACUUGAUGAAUGUCCGAGUUUUGAAAAGUUGGCUGAGGGCUUAGGGGACAUGGUAUCAUUGACAACUCUGAAAGCGGAUUACUCAGCCUUAAGACAAAUACCAUCUUCCAUAUUAAAAUUGAAGAAACUGAAAGUUGUAUCUUUAUGUUAUGUGGAAGGGUCGCCAUCAACAAAUCUUUUUCCUCCUUCGUUGCAAAGUUUAAGCUCUUUAAGAGAAUUAGCUCUUGCAGGCUGGAGUUUAACUGAUGAUGCAUUCCCCAAGGAUAUCGGUGGCCUAAUUUCCUUAGAAAGAUUAGAUCUUGCAAGCAAUGACUUUUGUAGCCUACCAAGCCUCAGUCGUCUUUCACAGCUUCAAGAUUUGUCUUUAUAUAAGUGCAAAAAUCUUCGUGCGAUCUCAGAUUUACCAACAAAUUUGAAAGUCUUACAAGCAGAUGGCUGCAUGGCAUUGGAAAAAAUGCCAGAUUUUUCGGAAAUGUCAAAUAUAAGAGAAUUGUAUAUAAGUGAUUCGGGCGAACUCACUGAGAUUCCAGGCCUGGAUAAGUCAUUAAACUCCAUGACAAUGAUUCAUAUGGGAAAUUGCACUAAUCUCACUGCCGAUUUUAGGAAGAACAUCCUACAGGGAUGGACUUCUUGCGGAUAUGGUGGCAUUUUUUUCAAUGGAAAUGAUAUUCCUGAUUGGUUCGACUAUGUCCAUGACGAUGAUAUUGUGUAUUUCACUGUGCCUCAAAGUGAUGGUCGUAAUUUGAAAGGGUUAACUUUGUCCUUUGUUUGGUCUUCAUCCAUAUACUACAGAUGUUGCAUUAGCAUUAAAAACAUGACCAAGGGUACUGAGCUUGAAGCCAGGAUCAUACCCGAUUGUGAAAUUACGUAUUUUCGAAUUGAGCCCGCCAUUUGGCAGGGACAGUUAUCAAAUGACGAGCUCAAAUUGCAAGACGGUGACAAAGUCUGGAUUGAAAUAAUAGUGGACAAGUGGUUGAAGGUGAAGAAAGCAGGUGUUAGUCUGGUAUGGGACAAAUUUAUGAACGAAAAUAUGAUUGAUUACCAUCUUUGUGCAUAUGAACGACGCCCAUUUCUGGUCAAUGAUGUUGACAUCAUUGAUGUUGAUUAUGAUAAUCACAUAACAAAAUCACCAGACUUAUCAAAAUUCCCAAAUCUCGAGAAGCUGAUAUUGAAAGGUUGUGAGUACUUGUAUAAGGUUCACUCAUUCAUCGGGCAUCUUGAAAGACUUUCUUUGGUAAAUCUUGAAGACUGCGAAAUGCUAGAGGAUCUCCCACUGAAUUUCUAUAAAUCCAAGUCUAUUGAAACUCUUAUACUGAAUGGUUGUUCAGGAUUUCAAAUCUUGGCUGAUGGCUUAGGGGACAUGGCAUCAUUGACAAUUUUGGAAGCAGAUGACACAGCCAUCAGACAAAUUCCAUCUUCCAUAGUAAAAUUGAAGAAGUUGAGAAUUUUAUCUCUAUGUGGCUGCCGCUUGUCAACUGAGGAUGCAAUCCCUAAGGAUCUAUGUAGCCUAAUUUCCUUAGAACAUCUGCUUCUCGGAGGCAAUGAUUUUUGUAGCCUUCCAAGUCUCGCUGGUCUUUCAAAACUCAGGGUCUUGUGUUUAAAUGCAUGCAGAAAACUUCGUGCAAUCCCAGAUUUACCAACCAAUUUGUAUGUUCUGAAAGCAAAUGACUGCCCAGAAUUGGAAACAAUUCCAGAUUUUUCAAAAAUGUGGAAUAUGAGAGAAUUGUAUCUCACUCAUUCGUUCAAACUCACUGAGGUUCCAGGCUUGGAUAAGUCAUUAAACUCCAUGACAAGGAUUCAUAUGGAAGGCUGCACCAAUCUGACUGCCGAUUUUAGGAACAACAUCCUACAGAGAUGGACUUCUUGCGGAUUUGGUGGAAUUUAUUUGAAUGGAAUUUAUGAUAUUCCCAAGUGGUUCAAAUUCGUCAAUCAUGUGGACAGUAUCGUCUUCUUUGAAGUUCCUCAAAGAAUCAUGGGUCGUGAUUUAAAAGGGUUGACUAUAUGCUUCGUUUACUCUGCAGACAGGCCAAAACUUGAAGAUUCUCAAGUUCCUAUUGACAUUAUCGUUAGAAAUCUUACCAAACAAACUGCUUUGCACACCAAGAUAGCAUUUGCCUCCUUAAAAACUUACAGAACACCACUUGUUUUUUGGUGGAGACAUGAGGACCAUUACGAACCUGAAGACAAACCUGAAGAUUCUCUUUGGCAGGGGCAGUUGUCAAACGAUGUGCUCCAUUUGGAAGACGGUGACCACGUAUCGAUUCUUGCAAGGCCUCAAUAUGUUGAUUUUGUGAGAGUGAAAAAGACAGGGGUUCAUCUAGAAUGGGACAAAGUCAUGAAGGAAAAUAUGGAUAAUCCGGAUCCUCAUUUGUAUAAUUUGGAAACAAAUCCGGAUUUUUGA